AUGGCGAAACGCAUUUGGAGUUGGAGGAAGGAGCAGUUGAUUCCCUUUUGUUGUCAUCUAGAUCUUGUUCUUAGAAAUUACAUCGUUUGCAAUUACGAUAUCACUACCAUAAUCAUCGCUCAAGCUCAUGUGCAUCAUCCUUACCGCUACUCCUCAUUUCAGUUUCGAAUCGCCAUGAAGUUCCACCUUCCGAGCAAGACUCAAAGCACCACCAUUCACCAGACAGAAAUCAACAUCACAGAAGCAAAGCCUACAGUGAAGACGGCAUGGUCCGAACUGCGACAACAAAUCAUCUGUAAAAUGGAGCACCAAGCCAAAGAAAUCGUCCGCAACGAAACGAGACGAAGGUUGAAAUCGAUCCUGAAACGAUGGGAGCACGUUGCUUGGGAAGACAAGCGGUGGUUGGUGGCUAAUCUCAUGACGACGGAUGAGGAUAUUUAUACGCGUAUUUGGAGAGGGGCUAUUGAGGUUGACGAGCGAGCGAGAUUUGCAGAGAGGGAGGAGAGGAGAAGAUUGGCAAAUGGGGUUCAAGCCAUGAGAUGGCACCUGUGA